AUGAACACUCAACCUACACCACUCAUGGCCCAUGAGUACAAGGCCAAGUUACCAUACCCUCAAAGAUUCCAAAAAGCAGAAAAAGAUAGGCAAUUUGUCAAAUUCUUAGAAGCUUUCAGGAAGUUGGAGAUCAAAAUCCCCUUUGCAGAGGCUCUUGAACAAAUACCUUCAUAUGCUAAGUUCAUGAAGAAAAUACUGAAUAACAAGAGGGAUUGGAGGGAAAUAGAGACAGUGGCUCUUACUAAGGAGUGCAUUGCAAUUAUUCAGAGGAACCUUCCUCAGAAACUACAAAGACCCCCUAACACUCUUCCCAGAGACACAGAGUUGAAUCCAAGAGAAGAGUGUCUGGCCCUCAUUAGUACCAAGGAGAUGAGCCUAAGAUGGUACACACUGGAGUUCGACAUUGAAAUUAGAGAUAGAAAAGGGUCAGAAAAUCAAGUGGCUGAUCAUUUGUCAAGGAUUGAACCUGAGGAGGGAACACCACUUCCCACUACUACUGUGACUGAGACCUUCCCAGAUGAAUACCUCUUUGUGAUCCAAAAGGUGCCAUGGUUUGCAGACAUUGUAAACUAUAAGGCAACGAGGUUCAUUCCCAACGAGUACACCAAACAACAAGUCAGAAAACUUUUGCUUGAUGCCAAGUUUGGUGUCCUAAGGACACUGAUUAGUGAUGGAGAUAGUCACUUCUGCAAUAAACAACUGGAGUCACUUCUGCAGAGCCUUCAAGACCCCAUUGGAAUGUCACCUUAUCAGUUAGUCUAUGGUCAGGCCUGUCAUUUGCCAGUAGAGUUGGAGCACAGAGUAUACUGGGCAACAAGGUUUCUGAAUUUUGAUGCCAAGACUGCAGGAGAGAAAAGGUUGCUCCAACUAAAUAAACUGGAUGAAUUCUGGCAUGCUGCCUUUGAGAAUGCCAAAGUCUAUAGGGAAAGGGCAGAGAAGUGGCAUGAUAGGAAGAUAGCCUCAAAAGUUUUCGAGCCCGGCCAGAAGGUUUUGCUAUUUAAUUCUAGGCUCAAGCUAUUCCCUAAAAAGCUCAAGUCAAGAUGGUCACGACCCUUUGUCGUCACUGGAGUGUCCCCCUAUGGUCAUGUAGAACUUCAACACUGGAAUGUAGACAACAGAUUCAUCGUCAAUGGCCACGGAGUAAAACACGACCUAGGGGAUAAGAUUGUUCGCGAGCAACCCACCCACCUACUGACUUGA